AUGGAGAUGGAAGCUCCCCCACUUGAGGCUCCUGUUUAUGAGACUCCUGUCCAAGAAGCUCCCGUCCAUACUCCCAUCCAUGAUCCUAUCCAUGAUCCCAUUCAUGCUCCCAACCACGAAACUCCCUAUGCUCCCGUUCAUGAAACUCCUGUUCAUGAGGCCCAAACCCAUCAAGUUCAUGAUGACACCAUGGGCGGCAUCGAAGACUCCCCGCAAGUUGGUCCGAGCAACGGCUUCCAUCACCAACAGAGCACAUCCCUCGAUCAAGGUCUAGCCAGCCCGCGAAGCCCACGACAAGAAGACCCCUCCUCCAGAUACACUCCUCCGGUACAAACCGCACCUCCACUCUCUCGUCCAGCCAGUGGCUUGUCCAACCCCGCACACCAGGCCUACACCGAUUAUAGGCAAGGCGCAGGCGCAGGCGAGCCUUCAUCCAACGGCCGUAACCAUGUCGUGAUCAAGGUUGGCAUGGUGGGUGAUGCCCAGAUUGGAAAAACUUCAUUGAUGGUCAAAUACGUCGAGGGAAGUUGGGACGAGGAUUACAUCCAAACGCUAGGUGUCAAUUUUAUGGAAAAGACAAUUUCCAUCCGUAACACGGAAAUCACCUUUUCGAUUUGGGAUUUGGGUGGUCAAAGGGAGUUUGUCAACAUGUUGCCGCUUGUGUGUAACGAUGCCGUUGCCAUUCUCUUCAUGUUUGAUCUCACACGCAAGAGCACCUUGAAUAGCAUCAAGGAGUGGUAUCGCCAAGGACGAGGUUUCAACAAAACAGCCAUUCCAAUUCUAGUGGGUACAAAGUAUGAUCACUUUGUCAACUUUCCCCCUCAAGAUCAAGAAGAGAUUUCAAAUCAGGCGAGACGGUUUGCCAAAGCCAUGAGGGCUGCAUUAAUCUUUUCAAGUACAAGUCACAGUAUCAACGUGCAAAAGAUCUUCAAGAUUGUUCUUUCCAAAGCAUUCGACCUAAAGUGUACAAUUCCCGAAAUCGAAAACGUCGGCGAGCCUCUCCUGUUAUAUCAGUCUGUUUAA